UUUGUUUCGCCAUGAACACAUCGCUAAUUGGAUUUAGAUUUUAUUAAUUGUAGUAAAAAAAUGUUUAUAGGUUUGUUUAGACAUAUUUGGCUGAACUUUAUUAUAUUUGCCCUAGUAGUAAUCUUCCUCUGCGCCAGCUCCAGUCAUGUCUAUGCUUUAAAACACUACACCAAAGAACGAAAGUUAGAAUUAAGGGAACAAGUACGAAGCAUGUUUCAACAUGCGUACGAGGGAUAUUUAAAAUAUGCUUCUGAUUACGAUGAGCUGCGGCCGCUGACAUGUGAUGGUGUUGAUACAUGGGGCAGUUAUUCCUUGACAAUGAUUGAUUCUCUGGACACAUUGGCCACUAUGGGAAAUUUCACAGAGUUCCGCAGAAUAGCCAAGUUGCUGGAAAAGAAAAUGGACUUUAACAGAGACAUAAAUGUGUCGGUAUUUGAGACAAAUAUACGCAUAGUUGGAGGUCUUCUGUCAGCACAUUUGCUAUCUAAAAAGGCAGGAGUGGAGUUAGAAGCUGGUUGGCCAUGUCAAGGUCCUCUUUUGCGUAUGGCCGAAGAUGUGGCAAAACGUCUACUGCCAGCAUUCGAUACAUCGACUGGCAUGCCUUAUGGCACAGUUAAUUUACGUCAUGGUGUUCCCAAGGGAGAAACCUCCAUAACUUGCACGGCAGGUGUGGGCACUCUUUUGGUGGAGUUUGGCACAUUGUCCCGCUUGACUGGAAACAGCAUUUACGAAGAGGUAGCCCUGAAUGCCUUACACUCGCUCUGGAAUAGAAGAUCUCCCAUAGGAUUGUUUGGCAAUCACAUUGAUGUACAAAGUGGUCGUUGGACGGCCUUGGAUUCGGGUAUAGGCGCUGGCGUAGAUUCCCUUUUCGAAUAUAUGGUAAAGGCAGGCAUACUUUUGCAACGACCAGAACUAUUGGAGAUGUUCCAUACAGCUCGUGCGGCCAUAGAUAAAUAUUUGCGCCAUGAAGAUUGGUAUGUGUGGGCCAAUAUGAAUAAGGGUCAAGUAACAUUGCCAGUGUUUCAAUCGCUUGAGGCAUUUUGGCCGGGCAUCUUAAGCAUGAUAGGCGAUAGAGAGGCUGCCAUAAAGACCAUUGCGAAUUAUGCCAGUGUUUGGCGUAAAUAUGGAUUCUUGCCAGAGUUCUACACCAUAACCACAGGAGAAGCGGCAACCAAUAGAGAAAGCUAUCCCUUGCGCCCAGAACUGGUGGAGUCUGUAAUGUAUUUGUACAGGGCGACUAAGAACGAAUUUUUGCUAGAGCUGGGGGAGAGUAUUUUGCACACCAUAGAGCAUAGUGCAAAAACAAAAUGUGGCUAUGCAACGAUACGCAAUGUUGUUACCCAUGAAAAGGAAAAUCGCAUGGAGUCAUUCUUUUUAUCGGAGACAACCAAAUAUUUAUUCUUGCUUUUUGACGAAGCAAACUUUUUACACAACGAUGCCGGCCAUGGAGACAUCAUAGAAACUGCUCAACAAGGCGAAUGUAUUAUCAACAGUGGUCCAUAUAUUUUCAAUACGGAGGCACAUCCAGUGGACAUGUCUGCCUUGUAUUGUUGCCAUGAUCAUAAGCAGGAUAUUUUCGAUGGCAUGGAUUUGCAAAGCUAUGGUGACUCAGUUUUGAGCAAAAAAGAUUUUGAACUUCACAUGAAGGAAAAAUCUGAAACCAAUUCAUUUUGUCGUACCAAAUCACCAUUGCACUAUCAACGUGAUCGUUUUAAGAAAGUGGUGCAUCCACAACCUCCGCCUUCCUCAAAGAAUCCAGUUCAGCCUAGUUUGGCAGUGGAUAUUGAGGUUUUUGAUGACGAUAAUAAACCUGCUGGAGAUAUACUUGUGGAGUCCUUUGAACGUGUUAAAAAUGAGUUGGCAACUGGCUCAACUAUAACAUCUCCUGCAGCAGUGGAUGUGCAAAAUCAGCCCCACAAUCAAUUGACGGUUUCCGAUCUGCAAGAAUUCUUUAGCAAAAAACGAGAACAUUUCAAAAGCCCCCAAGAUAUUCUAGACUAUACAGUGGGAUUUUUGAAAAACUUUACCCUGGACCCCACGUAUAUCAGUAGCCUGCAGCUUUUUGAAAAGAAUAUCAACGAAUUGCUGGGAUCGGUGACCCAGAAAGAAUUUGAGGGCACCACCAAAACCUUGUGGGAAUUAUAUGAGCUGCAACAACGAUACAAAAUGAAUAUGCAACUGUUGACAGCCUUCAAUUUACAUUCGUUUGGGGAAUUUGAUCGCAAAAUGGUGGAGCGAGUUAUACUUGUGCUGCAUGGUGAUCAGAGUGACAGCUCCAACAAUGUCAUAUGGAAUAAAUUGACCAGUUUGUAUAUGGAAUACACCCGAGCCUUGACAAAUACCACAGCCAUGCAAAAUCUUUUGCUGAAAAUACUUAUCAACGGCUCGGAGGAAAAACCUCGCAAUCACAAAGCCUUGCUAACCAAUGAUGAAAUAUCCAAGUUGCCCAUUGAAACUGUGGAUGUGCCACAACAAUUGAAGUUGUUUUCCUAUGCCAAACGCAUAGUGGAGGCUGAAAAACGUAUGAGUGACACCUUGGAACAACUGCAGAAAUUAAUGCUCGAUACAAAUAAUAAACAAAAAUCUGACAAUAAGACUCCCAAAGUUGUGGAGCCAUCGCUAGCCCCUGCAGCCUCGACAGAUGAUCAGACACCAUCAAAGGCGGAUGACUUGACAGUACCUGACUCAAAAGUGAAUAGAAAUUAUGUGGCGACUAACACCAGUGCCAUCAGCACAACAUCUGCCAUAGGCACAAAUCUCAUGACCCAUUCUCCUACCAAAGAAAACGAAAAUGGCUCUGUAUGGACACAUUUGGUGGACACUUUUCUGGGCAAAACUUCUUCGCAAAAAACCAAAUUUGAUGCCUCCGAACUCUUACAAAGGACUCGUAAAUCUCUAGAGAAAUACGACAACAUAGACAUCGAUUAUAGUUUACUAACGUGUGCCAGACCAAAAUUCAUUGAAACAUUUGCCUAUCGUUACUAUUACCCCUAAGGCCCAUCAUCCCAAAAUCAUCGGUGUAUACAAAUAAAGACUGAAUAUUGUCGCAGCUGCAGGUAUUCGAGAAUGUACAUAAAGAAAUUAAAGAUUGUAGAAAUUUUAUUGUAAAACAAUCAUUCCAGCAAACAUUGUGUUGUGUGUGCUUGUGUAUAGGAGGUAUAAGAAUGAGAAUACAACUACUAGUGAGUGAGCGAGUAAUGACGUGACGAUAUUAAUUGUAAAAAAAAUUCUAUACACACAUUAAAAUGUGAUCUAAAAGAA